UUUAAUAUAUAUUUCUCCAUUUACUUCCGUUCCUCUCACUCUAUUUCUUGUUUUCAAACCAAACCCACCAUUAGAAUCACAUUGAUUGAUACUCUCUGAUUCUGAACAGAGCAGUAACAAUAAUGAAGUGAGGACAACAAACAAGAAAAUAAUUGUCCUCUUCCCCUCUCCAUUCUGCUCCCAAUUCACACCUCACUGACACACACUCCAAUUUCCUCCAAUCCAAUCCAAUCCAAUCCAACAAACCCUAAAACCCCAUUUCUCAACUGUCGGUGAUCCACUUCACCUCCAACAACCACCACCAAAACCCCUCAACAAUGUCAUCAACCACAAAGCCACCGCACUACGCCACAAGCGGCUUAGUAAUCGGCUACGCUCUCUGCUCAAGCUUGCUAGCCAUCAUCAACAAAUACGCCAUCACCCAAUUCAACUACCCGGGCCUCUUAACCGCGUUACAGUACCUCACUUCCUCUCUCGGUGUUUACCUUCUCGGAAAACUAGGGUUUCUUCAUCACGAUCCUUUCAAUUUUCAGAUUGCCAAGAAAUUCUUCCCUGCCGCACUCGUUUUCUACCUCGCGAUCUUCACCAACACCAAUCUCCUACGUCACGCUAACGUUGAUACCUUCAUUGUUUUCAGAUCUCUUACUCCUCUUCUCGUUGCUCUUGCUGAUACGGCUUUUCGAGGUCAACCUUCGCCUUCGAAUCUCACGUUUUUCUCGCUUGUGGUGAUUCUCGCUGGUGCGGUUGGGUAUGUUUCCACUGAUUCGGGUUUUACUCUGACUGCUUAUUCUUGGGCUUUUGCUUAUUUGGUUACGAUUACUACUGAGAUGGUUUACAUCAAGCAUAUGGUUAUGAGUCUUGGGUUGAAUACUUGGGGUUUUGUUCUUUAUAACAAUGUGUUAUCUCUAAUGCUUGCUCCUUUCUUUUGGUUUCUUACUGGAGAGAAUUUUGAGGUUGCGAAUGCGAUUACUGCCAGUACUGGGAGUUUGUUUGAGACGAAUGCGGUUCUUGCGGUUUCGUUGUCUUGUGUGUUUGGUUUGCUUAUUAGUUUCUUUGGAUUUGCGGCGAGGAAAGCGGUUUCGGCGACUGCUUUUACGGUUACUGGGGUUGUGAAUAAGUUUCUGACGGUGGCGAUUAAUGUGACGAUAUGGGAUAAGCAUGCUAGUCCGGCGGGUUUGGUUUGUUUGUUUUUUACUAUAAUUGGGGGAGUUCUUUAUCAGCAAUCGGUGACUGGGAAUGGUUCGCAGCAACGGGAGGCUGUGGUGGUGAGUAAGCAAGCUGAUAUUGAGAGUAAUCUUGUUGGUGAUGGUGAUUUGGAAGAUGAGAGUGAAGUAAAGGGUAUAAGAUAAGAAACUAUUGGUGCAUGCUGCGUUUUGCAUAUGGAACAGACUCUAUUCUUGUUUGUAAGCAAGGUUUGAUGCACAACGUGCUUUGUGUACAGCAAUCCAGAAUGCGACGCUCAUUUAAUGUGGCUACUUUUAGCAAUUUCCUUUCUCUUUAACACGGUAUAAGUUUUGGCAUUCAAUAGAGUACUUUGUUAGAAGAAUGACCCUGUCUUCAUUUAGUGUUCAGUGUGAUUUAGUCAAACAAACCAGCUCAAUUAGAAGAGUGUUGUUCAAGUUGUAGUUGACUUAGCAGAAUUAGUUUAAUUGCAUAUUCCACUUGUUUUCAUUCCUUUGAUAGAAGAGACCUUGCCUGUUUAGUUUCUGUGCUUCUCAUCCCAUCAGUAAUCUUCUCUUCAA